UCGAGAUCUCUUCAGCGAGUAUCGUUAAGGAUGUUAGGGACUUUGAAAAUAUUUACGUUGCUUGUAAUGGUGUAUAUAGAAUUUUUUAAAAUUACCUCAGCGAACCGUACCCAGAGGUAUUUGGUACAUCCGCCACCGGGUCAAUUCGCCCCGACGAAAGUACAGCUCAUCCUCGGUCUGGGUUUACCGAUGGAAGUGGACGUCAGCACGAUUAUUGGUUACGUCAUGAAAUUCAAUUACAAGCUACCAUACAAUGCGUCAUACUUCACGAAUCCCUAUGUUCGAUAUGAUCGAUCGACUGGUUCAAAUAUAAUGGCGGGAAAAAUUGACGUGGAGAAGAAGAAUUCAAAGUCGAAGGACGACUCGAGAUCUCAAGGAUAUGAGAACUAUCAAGGAUAUAGCUCUCGUUGGGAAGUAUACAAACUCGUAGAAUCCUUUCUCGAGUCAUUUAAUUCAGGAAAGUCCUGCCUGUUAAGGGUAGUUUGUCAAAUAGCCGAAAAUCCACUGGACACAAGACACAGCCUCUUGGGACAGAUGUUACAAGUAUUAUUAACACCCACGUCGACGCGCGAGGUCUACGCCGAUAUCACGAAUCAGGAAUAUAAAUGGGCAGAGGAAGCAGGACGCGAAUAUCCUGGACAAUGUCGGCAAAUGUUCCCGGAAUGUAGUGCCGAUAUUCUUGAUUAUUUAACGGAAAUACACUAGAGAGGGACAUUCAUUUCUGUAAUGGCCGAUUAGCCCAAACUGCAGGUUGCGGCUUAUACUGGAUGCAUUCCAAUUUACCUUAUACCGAGUUCACCUGCAUCUAUUUAUGCGCCUGCAUUUAGUAGGCGGAUUGUGGAUAAAUUUCUAAUGGACGCCGUAAAGUGAAUCGGUUGUCAUUCGAUUUAUGGGAUUUCGAAGUAUGUCCUACAUAGAGGUCGCCUAGAUAGGGGAUAGAGCAUAUACGGUAUUAUCCUGAAAUUAAAGAUAACUUCUAUAGCAA